GGUGCCGAAACCUUCUCAAGGGCUGUGGAUAGAGGGGGUCUAAGCAGCCCAAGAAGCUCGGUCGCUCACGGGGGUCUUCGGCUGAGGGGCCUCGGGGCGUUCAGCCCCUCACGGGGGGCCUGGAAUAAGGAGUCCUGGCCGGCUCCGGGGUUCUCAGCCUCUCACAAGGGCCCUUGGCUGAGGGGACCCAACCUGCUCUGGGGUGCCGGGCUCCUCGCGGGGCUCCCCUGCUGAGGGGUCCCGGGGUGCUCAGCCCCUCUCGGGGCCCUGGAUUGAGGAGUCCUGGCUGGCUUUGUGGUGCUCAGCCCCUCACAAAGGUCUUGGGCUAGGGGGCUCCAGCAGGCCCCAGGAUGCUCAGCGGGUCACAGGGUCCUGCACUGAGAGCCCUCAGCCCCUCAUGGGAGCCCUGAGCUAAGGGGUCCCAGCUGGCCCCAGCUGUUGAGUGCCUCUUAGGGGUCCUCAGUCCCUCGGCUGGGGUGUCCCGGGACACUGAGGUGCCGACCUGGGGGUGCUGAUCCCCCACGGGACCCCCUGGAUGAGGGGACUGACACCGGCCCCGGGGAGGCUGAGCUCCCCCCUGAUCCGCUGCACCCUGCAUGUCCUGUAUUAUCCAUGUGGGAUGGCUGAGGGGGUUGGGACAGGUCACAGCCCCACAGGGCUGUCCCUGGGCUGGCUGUGUCCCCUUCCCAACAUCCCAACACCGGGUUCCCAUCGCUGAGCUGCUCCAGGGUGGCUCCAAGGUGUCCCUGCUUGGAUAAGACAGGGAUGUGGAAUCAGGUUGGGUUUGUGGGCACCGUGGGGUACGGUGAGGUAAGAGAGGUUUAGGGAUAAGCAUCCUUCAGGUAUCCAAAAACAAACACAUGUGGGCAAGUGGAUGGCAAAACCACACCUGUGUGAGCUUCACCUCUGUAGAGGUUUUCCCAGUCAUGCAGGGACCAAGGCCAGUGGUUCUGAGUGGCCCAUCGGGUGCAGGGAAAAGCACUUUGUUAAAGAAAUUGCUCAAAGAUUAUGAGAACAUCUUCGGCUUCAGCGUCUCCCAUACCACAAGGCAGCCAAGACCUGGAGAAGUGAAUGGCAAAGAUUAUCACUUUGUGACCAGAGAGGAAAUGCAGAAGGAAAUUGAUGCUGGUGAAUUUAUCGAGCACGCGGAAUUCUCUGGGAAUAUGUACGGGACAAGUAAAGGAGCUGUGCAGGCCGUGCAGGCCCAGAACCAGAUCUGUGUCCUCGACAUCGACAUCCAGGGCGUGAAGAACAUCAAGAAGACGGAGCUGAACCCCAUCUACAUCUCGGUGCAGCCGCCGUCCAUUGAGAUCCUGUACAUCAGGCAGGCUCUGUUUCUCGUUGAGUUUGUGGAGGAGGAAGCCAGCAGCACCAGAUGCCAGAGCACAGCAGAGAGAUCUCAUUUCCAGCAGUACCUGGAAAAAUAAAUAAAUGAGAGGGAGGAGAAACGACUACGGGACCGAAAGACUGAGACAGAGGAGAGUUUACAGAAGCGUUUGACUGCAGCCCGUGUGGACCUGGAGCUCAGUAA